UGGUGCCGUCUCUGUCUGCUUGUGAGAGUGAUAGUUGUCGUGAAACCCUACGACGUUCUGAAAAUCUUCACUUUAAUUAUUUAUUAGUUAGCUUAAACCCUAAACCCACACACAGAUUCACAGAGUGAUCCCAAACGACGAUGUUGGGCGUUAUAAGGCGAAGAGUCGUUUCUGGAGCCUCCUCUGCUUCGAUUCUGGGGCAGUCAUUGCACUCAAUCCGACCUAUUGCAAGCUCUGAGAUUCUGCUUCAACCUAGAGGAGGAUUGGGUCGGGUCCGGAACCUUUCUCACCUCAUUUUUGCAGGUUCCUCGCCUUGUAUCAAGAAAACCAGGAAUGUUGGCGGCGUUAUGCAACCAGAGCCCAUCAGGCAAAUGUGGAGCAGGCCCUUUUCUUCAGAGACUGGGGAUUUCAUUGAUGCCGUCGUCCCUCAUAUGGGUGAAUCUAUUACUGAUGGCACUUUGGCGAAAUUCUUGAAGAACCCUGGUGAUCGUGUUGAAGUUGAUGAACCAAUUGCUCAAAUUGAAACAGAUAAGGUGACAAUUGAUGUUGCUAGUCCUCAGUCCGGUGUGAUCCAAAAGUUUGUGGCCAAUGAAGGGGAUACUGUCGAACCAGGUACCAAGAUUGCUGUUAUCUCAAAGUCUGUUGAUGGUGUAGACCAUGUUGGUCCAUCUGAGAAGACAUCUGACAAAGCUGCUGCUCGACCAUCUCCCCCUGUUGAAAAUAUUGACAAGAAGAAAGAACCAAAAGUUGAAACUACACCUGUUACUGAGAAACCUAAACCUCACUCUCCACCACCUUCUAAACCCUCUGCUAGAGAACCCCAGCUUACCCCUAAGGAAAGGGAAAGAAGAAUUCCUAUGACAAGGCUCCGGAAACGGGUUGCUACGAGAUUGAAAGAUUCACAAAACACAUUCGCAAUGCUGACGACAUUCAAUGAAGUUGAUAUGACAAAUUUGAUGAAGCUUCGUUCUGACUACAAGGAUGCAUUUGCUGAGAAGCAUGGAGUCAAGUUGGGGCUUAUGUCUGGAUUUAUAAAAGCUGCUGUCAGUGGACUCCAAAAUCAGCCUAUUAUUAAUGCAGUCAUUGAUGGGGAUGAUAUCAUAUAUAGAGAUUACAUAGAUAUAAGCAUAGCCGUUGGUACUCCCAAGGGCCUUGUUGUGCCAGUUAUUCGCAAUGCCGAUAAAAUGAAUUUUGCUGAGAUAGAGAAGGAGAUGAACACCCUUGCAAAGAAGGCAAACAAUGGAUCUAUAUCAAUUGAUGAGAUGGCUGGAGGUUCAUUCACUAUAUCCAAUGGUGGAGUUUAUGGAAGCCUUAUAAGUACCCCCAUCAUCAACCCCCCUCAGUCAGCAAUCUUGGGUAUGCACUCAAUAGUUACCCGUCCAAUGGUUGUUGGAGGCGACAUCGUUCCGCGGCCAAUGAUGUACAUUGCUCUUACCUAUGACCAUAGGUUGAUUGAUGGAAGAGAGGCAGUUUUCUUCUUGCGUCGUAUUAAAGAUGUUGUUGAGGAUCCUCGGAGGCUUCUCCUCGACAUAUGAAGCACCCCACCGGCAGUGGUACAUGAUUUCAUUCGGGGGUUUUUCGAGAAUCAAAUAUACUUAAGGAAAAAUAAAUACGUAAUAGGUCAAUUUUGUAGGAUCUGAUUUGUUAGUUGAGACCCUAUAGGUGGGUUAUUCAAUUGCGGCUGGUUGAGAUUAAAUCUGAAAUGAGAGAGCUUGUCAGGUUGAGUCUUCCGAUUUUUGUAGUUGAUCGGCCUAGUUCUUGUUUUAUGCUACUGUGAAUCUUAUCAUAGGGAAUUGUUUCCAAGUGAAA